AUUUUUUACAAGUUUUUAUCCUGAAUAUGUUUUCAAGAAAAGAAACAGAAGUUGUGAAAAACAAUGAAGUUAAUGAAAAGCAUAACAAACUUACAAAAUAGCCCUCUUCAUUUUUUAGAUCAUUCAGUUCCUCUAAAAAAGGUCCAAAGGAUGGAAAAGGUAUAAACAUAGAGCUAAUCGAAUAGAUUUUCAGUUUUUUGAUCGUACUUAAGAUUGCAGCUUUUACACAAUACUUUAUAUGCUUGUUAACUUUUAAAAAGUGGAGGAUGAUCAUAAAAGGAAAGGUUUCUCAUUAUUAACCAACAGUAAACCUAUAAUGAAUAUGGAAACAUAUACUAAUCUAAGUGUACUUCGUCCGUAAUUUCCAUUCAUUUUUAACAUAGAGAACUGAUUUAUUUUUUUUCCGUUAUUUCAGUGAGAGAUUUACACGAUUUCUAUAUUGAUUUUUAUGCAUCAUUUGACAUAAAUAAGAAUUUCACUUUAGAAAAAAAAGAGUUGGCUAAAAUGUUCACAGUUAUGCUUGAAUAAUUGGGUCAUACAAAAUUUAAGAUCUUUAGUGAUAAAACAUUGAUUGAAGCAGAUGCAUUUGAUGGAUAGCUAACAUCAAAAUUAAUUGAAGAUAUUUCUGAAAAUUUUUUAAUGCCAGAGGACUAAAGCAAAGUAGAUUAUUUACUUAUCUUCCCAUAUAUUUUGAGUUUUUAUUUGGAAUAUACAUAUUAAGAGAUUAAGAGUAAAUAAAAACGUCUAGAAAUAAUGAAAGGUAUUGAAACUAUUAAAGGAAAAGAAGUUGAAAUUAAGAAUAUAACAAGUCUAAUUUCAAUUUUAAAAGAAAUGGGAAUAGAUUAUAUAAAAGAUAAAAAUACUUAUAAAUUAUCUUAUCGAGAUGUAGAAAAUAUACUUUUAAAAUUUAAAAAUAUUUAAAAAUGGAUUACUUUUGAUGUUAUUUCAUAAAUUUUAGAGUCUCUAAGUAAAAUAAUGUAAGUGGAUAAAAAAACUUAGGAAGAAACAAAAAAAAUUAAAGUAAAAAAAAUAAUAGACUUUUUGUCUCUUAAAUUGUGUAUACAUUAAAAUUGUUUAAAAAUUAAAUAACAAAAAUCAAAUGUUAAUUAAUCAGUUUAUUUAGAAGUAUGUAUUAUAUUGAUUUUAGAUAUCAAUACUAUGGAAUUGUGCUUAAAACUCAUCAUGGAUGUAAGAAAAAUUAUUCACUUUGAAAUUUGAAAAGUAUAUUAACAAUCAUUUCCAAGAAUAGGAACAAUUUAGUAGAGUAGAAUUAUAAAAAUGUUUGGAAGGUUUUUUUAAGAAGUUCUUUUAGCUUAUGCCAAAGCAAUAAAUUUAUUAAAUUAUUUAGUGUCAUGAAUUAUUUAAAGAUGAUAAUAUUGCUAAGAAUAAUAAGAUAGAGAGAAAUGAUUUAAUUCAAUCAUUAUUUACUAUGGUUUGUUCCGAUGGAUUUAAUAAAUUAAAGUAGUAUAUUAAAAUUAAAUUUGAUGGAAUUAUCAAAAGUACAGGCAAUAAUUAAAAAUAUUCCAAUUAUGGAAAAAUGCUUGAUUAGGAAAGUAUCUAAGGAGGAAUAUCUUCAUAAAGGUAGCUUUAAGAAUAAUAGCGAUAAUAAUCCUAAAAUAUAUAGAGUAAAACAGCAAUAAAUUAAAUAAAGAAGGAUGAAAGUGAUAAUAGUGCAUCAAGUGGAGAUGAGGGAAAUAAUAUAAAAGCCACAUAAAAGUUUAAAAUUGCAGUAAGGGCAAUCUAAUCUGGAAAUGCUUUAAUAUAAGAAAAGAAUGAAGCUAAGGAUAUAUUAAAAGCUUGCUUGAUUAUGGAUAGUUUUUUGAAACGUCAAACUCAAAGGAUUAAAAGUCAUGUAAAAGAAACUAAAUCUUUAAAUAAUUCAAUUAUUAAUUCUGAAAUUCCAAAGCACUAAUAAUAAUAAGAUAAUAACAUUCUUUUUGAAACAUAGUCAUAAAUAAAUUAUAAAAAAUAAAAUGUAAUAUAAAAUGAAAAUCGUGGAGGAAAGAAAGAAAAAGAAACUAAAGGAUAGGAUAAAAGUAAUGCUUAAAUUGAAAAAAAUUAAAAUGUUGAUUUAGAAGCACUUCAAAAUAAUUCUUAAUUAAAGAAGGAAUAAAACUAAGAUUUAUGUUAUAAUGAACAAAAAAAGACAAAACAUAAGGAUAGAAAUCAAGUUUCUAAUGAAUUGUAAUUGGUUUUGGGUAAAUCAAAUGAUGACUUUGGACCUAAUAAUUUUAAAAAAGCAAUUAGAGUUCAAUCUAAAUAAGAAGUAACAUAAUCAUAAAGACCUCUUUUAAAAUAAAAUGAAGUAAAUCUAUAUUUUAUUUAGUAAUAAGAUAAUUUAAUAUUAAUAGAUGAAACUGCAUUAGAAUAAAUGAUUAAAAGCAAUCAAACUAAAACAAGAAACAAAAGUAAAAACUAACCUAAAUCUACUAGAGAUGAUUGUUAAUGUAAAUUGUUUUGAAAUAAU